UUUUCUGCCAUACCCUUUUCCUGUUAAAACCCCAUUUAUUCAUUUCUCUCUUGAUCAACAAGAAACACACUCAAAUAAAUAAAAAUACAAAAUAAAUUGGAAAAAAGUUGAAAACUUUGGCAGUUGAAUAUGGAAGCCAAUCAAAGGAUAGCAAGAAUUGCAGCUCAUCUCCAUCCUUCAAAUGCCAAGAUGGAGGGAGGGUCAGUAUUGGAGCGGGAUAAUUGCAGAGCAAAGGGUGGUUCACCUGGUUUCAAAGUAGCUAUAUUGGGUGCUGCUGGAGGGAUCGGUCAACCUCUAGCUAUGCUAAUGAAGAUGAAUCCACUGGUCUCGGUUCUUCAUCUGUAUGAUGUUGUUAAUUCCCCUGGUGUCACAGCUGAUAUUAGCCACAUGGACACUGGCGCUGUGGUGAGGGGUUUUCUUGGGCAACCACAGCUUGAUGCUGCACUUACAGGGAUGGAUCUUGUGAUUAUACCUGCUGGUGUUCCAAGAAAGCCUGGAAUGACAAGAGACGAUCUUUUCAAGAUCAAUGCUGGAAUUGUUAAAACCCUCUGUGAAGGAAUAGCAAGAUCUUGCCCAAAUGCAAUUGUCAACUUGAUUAGCAAUCCUGUGAACUCUACUGUCCCAAUUGCUGCAGAAGUUUUCAAGAAAGCUGGCACUUAUGACCCCAAACGGCUGCUUGGAGUCACCAUGCUUGAUGUUGUUAGAGCCAACACUUUUGUGGCUGAAGUUCUAGGACUUGAUCCAAGAGAUGUUAGUGUCCCGGUGGUGGGAGGACAUGCUGGAGUUACAAUUCUACCCCUUCUUUCACAGGUCAAACCUCCUUGCUCCUUCACAAAAGAAGAAACUGAAUACUUAACAAAGCGCAUUCAAGAUGGUGGAACUGAAGUUGUUCAGGCAAAAGCUGGUGCUGGAUCCGCAACACUAUCAAUGGCAUAUGCAGCAGUUAAAUUUGCAGAUUGCUGUCUUCGUGGCUUAAGAGGAGAUGCCGGCAUUGUUGAGUGUGCUUAUGUAGAUUCUCAGGUCACAGAACUCCCCUUCUUUGCAACUCAAGUUAGGUUAGGCCGUGGUGGUGCGGAAGAAAUAUUUCAACUUGGACCUUUGAAUGAGUAUGAAAGGGCGGGAUUGGAGGAAGCCAAAAAAGAGUUGGCAACUAGCAUCGAGAAAGGAGUUACUUUCAUUAGAAAAUGAAGGGCUGCAAGGUUGAGUUGGUACACAAGUGUUGAUUCGCUUAUCAUGGCUUUGUUUAUUACUUCAUGUUCCGGGUAAUGUACCUAUCAAGUUUUACUUAUAAUAGAUGUAUCAGGAUACUUCAUAUAUACCAUGUUAAUCUUUUUACACCCA